AGCGAAAACAUGGGAGCGAGACCGAAGAAAACGUAUGAACGCGUACUUCAAGGCACUGGCGGACCUUCUGCCGCCGCAUCAGGAAGGUCGCAAGCGCAACAAGGUCGACAUCCUGGUCCACGCCUCAAAGUACAUACAAGACCUCCAUAGUCGCACCGAUGAGUUGUUCUCCACUCACGCUUCCGAGGCACACAAGGAGGAGUUGACCCGUAUGAAGAAACUCGUGACGCAGCUGAUGUCUCGCACUCAGUUACUGUCCUCUCUUCUGAAGGAGGCGGGAAUUUCUGUGCCAGCUGAGCCAGCCCUUGAGAAGAUAUCCCCCCUGAAAUGGUCGAAUAAAAUUAAUGUCGACGACGUGGACAAGUAUUUUGAUAAGAUCGAGGAAAAGAAAACUUUAGAGAAGAAAAAGAAGGAGAAAUCCGCGGAGAAUAAAGUGCCUUCCAAGAGAAAAUCUGCAACACCAUCGGCUCCGAAGAAGCUUUCCGAAGAAGCUGCCGCCGCUAAAAAUGUUUGUAAUUCGAAGGAGAAUCAGGAGAAUCGUGUCAACUGUGCCAAUAGCAAGAACUAUAACUCCGAUAGUACAAGUAGCCUAGCUGGAACUGAAUCGAAGGAGGCGGAGCGUUGUCAAAAUGAUUCUGUCAACGAAGCGACCGCGACCGGGACAACCGCUACGAAGAAAAAGACCGCGGACAAGAAAGUCGAAUCUCAAAAGUCGUUGAAGAAGAAGCGUAAGCGCAAGAAUGAGAAGAGCUCGACGUUGCCACCUGUGGCCAACACGGUCACCAGUUUGACGCCCAACACCCUCAUCCUGUCCGGUGGAAAACUGAUGCCCCUCGUAACUCCGAUGACGUCGAAUAUCAUCGUGAACACCCAGCAGGCGUCGACGAACCCGAUAAUCCUCGGCAACACGCAGCAGAGUCAGAUGAUCGUGAUGCAACCCUUGGCGAAUCGUGUCCAGAACUCGGUCGUCUCCAUAUGCAAUCACCACGCUCUGAUUAACACCGUGCAGAAGGUCACUCUGAACACCGUGCCGAGCAUUCGCGCGAAUAUGGUGGUCGAUUCUCACAAUUGGGCGUCCAAUGUGAAGAAUAUAAUCAACGCCACGAAGAUCGGCGGGCACAAGGGUAUCCUGCCGAAAGGCAAAGAGAUUACAAAUACGACUAUGGCUUACAAAGUGCCUAUACCAGCGAUACACAAGGAGAAAGUGGAGAAGCCUAAAGAUAGCGCGAGCAAGAAGGAAUCGGAGGUAAAAGCAAAGGGUAACAAGAAUCAUUCCAAGAGUCACAAAAGCGUUCAAAAUACGCCGGAGGCGGCUGACGAGUUGAACGUCGAGAAAAAAUCGCCGAAGGAACCUGCCAAGGCUCACGAGGACGCGACCGUCCCGCGAAAAGGCGCGCCUAAACGCGGCUUGUCCGCGGAGUCUGAUUCUGUGGACGAACCGGAAGAGAAGAAACGGAAAGACACGGACGACGAGGCAAAAUCCGUCCAACCGAAACCGACGGAUUUCACCGCCACGUGCAAAUCUAUCGUAAGUCUGAAGCAUGUUAUAGAAAGAAUAGGGGAAAACAUCCGAGACGAGCAUGCGACUGUCAGCGACGAGAAGGAAUCUGCCGCGACGAAAUCGAAUGACGUAGUUACUCGGGCAGCGAACGAUACUGAUUGCGAGGAAACGUCCGCGACGAGCAAACUGAUGGACAUCGUGGACACGAAUUGUUUCGAUAUGAAUAAGAAAACGACCGAAGACGUCGUCGUAUCGCAGACCAAUGCCUCGGAUAAGUUUCCUAGCGAGCCGGAGACAGAUGCGCCUGAUCGGUCGUCUAACGAUUUUAACAUGUCGAUCGACGGCAUGGCGGAAAAGAGUGGCGGAAAUAUGGAGCACUUGGAUGCGAAGUCGACCUUAACGGACGUCGAAGUGGCGGAGAAGGCUGUCGGUUCGGAUGGACCGAAGAAAACGUGCAAUUUGGGCACGCGUUUUGACAGUCUUCUACGCGUGGCGACUGCCAAGGAGCAACAGCGGGUCAACGACGCGAUGGGCGGCGCAGAAAGCAACAAGAUCAUUCUGAAUUUGGAUACGAACACUACUACAACGAUGAAGUCCGAUGCGAACAUUGUCGAUGCUGCUACAUCGGCGUCGGCAUCGUCCGCCUCGUCGUCCUCAUCGUCGUCGCCACUGACAGCUAAUGUGGUCAAUGAAGAGGCCAAGUUGACGAAGACUUCGAAGGACGAGAUGUCGAAAUCGUUGCCGUACAGCAGUGAGAACACAUUCGUACCGAUCAGCAACAGAACGGACGGGCUGCACUCGGACCUGUCCAAUGACAUAUUCGCCUCCCUGCACGUUCCGUCCAAUUCGCAUAAUCCGGAAUCGAUAUCACCCACGGCGGCGUUCCUGAUGGCGUUCCCGCUGGUGUCAUCCUUGAAUGGCAAAACCGAAGUCCUGGACGAGGAGAUGAAGGACGACUUCAAGUACCACAGUCAGACUCCGCCGAUGCUGUUGCAGAUUGGAACCAUGGAGCCGAACAGCUUCAAGAUCAAGACUUCCUCGCCGUCGCACGCGAUCGCGGAGAAGCGGCUGAAAGUCCCCUGCGAGGAGAAGCAAAUCGCGUCCGCGAACGCGAACGCCGACAUAAUCGUCCCCGUGGAAUGCACGCCGACGAAGUCGUUGCCGAAGGUGGUGAACGAGGAGACGUUGCGAGAGCCGUACAAGAUAGUUCAGACCGUCCUGACGCCGAGCUUGGAGAAAUCCGUGAUGACCACCAGCGCGUUUCCCUCUCAUACCUCAGUCAAUUUCUCGGCCGUGGACUCCUCGUGUAUCGUAGGCAGUUCCCCGAGUCUGGCGACGAACCAAGGUCGUUCGGGUCAACUGAGGACGACGAGCAGCACCCUGAACAGUGUUAACGCGAUCGCGUCUCAAGCGCCGAUAAACAUUUCCGCGUCUGCUGACAAGAGCGAUAUCGCGGAUUGUACAUCGUCCCAAGUGGCAACGAGCCGCAAUCCCGACGUGACGUACUCCGGACCGCAGGACUUCUUGCCCAGCUACUCGACGAUGGUGGGCAACGGUCUCGGCACGCUGCAACACACGUCCAACUCGUCCAUGUUCAAAAGUGCCAUCGCGACGACGCAGGAGUCGAAUCCGACUGUUGGCCCGCACGUCGACGGCUCUCAGAACUUGUUGAGUACACGUCUCGAGAACGCGACGGUGACCACGAACGCCUCGUCCGCGGCCCUGCGGUCCCUGCAAGCAGACUACUCGACCCAAACGAAGGACAAAGGCUCGCAAGGUUCGUCGCAUGCGAUCUAUCCGUCGCACAACAAGGACGCGCUCAUCGAUUCUGCCAAUAUCGUGCCCGCCCACCGUGUCGAUUACGCUAGUCAGAUGGAUCGAGGUCUUCCGGUGACGUCUCAGAGCAUGCAGAGCUACUCUGUGCCGACCAAGGAAUCGUCCCUUCCGAUUCUGCCCCCUCAAGACAUGCAACAUAUAUACAGCCAAACCAAGGACAGUCAUGUUCUCCUAGAUUUGAACAACUCCCAGCAGACGUUCGCCAUUCAGAAAAAACAGGAACACAUUAUCGCGAGCUCCCACAACGAUUACGUCGGAAAUCAGGCAAAGGCGAUGUCGCAGAAGGAUACUAUAUCGUACGCGAGCAGUAACAACGAGGCCGCGAGCGCACCAUCGCGAAGUCAAGAGUACGUCACGAAGACUGCGAGUCAGAGUUCCUCCGAAAAUACUUUCCAACGAAACUAUUCCAAGCUGAGCAAGAGCGCGGACACAUUGAAUCCGAAUCAAGAGGCGAAGCUGAAUGAUGUGCUCAGCUCUAAGACUCAAGAACAGCAGCAACAGCAGCAGCACAAUCACAUACGAGAUCCGGCUUACGUUCCCGCGAAGAAGUUAGAUGUAGAUCCGUUCGUCCAGUCGUACCAGUACGACGUGAAGGAAGCGAUGAGCAAUACGAGCGAACGAACGAACGUUCUGAACGCGAAUACCGAUAGCAAUUACGUCUCGUAUUCCAGCAAGGACGACAAGAAAACGAACGCCGUCUCGACCAUCGCCAUGGCGAACAACAAUAAGCCAGCGGCGGUGCAGCAGAGCACCGUUGCACGAUACCCGCAACAGACCUCGUCGUUCAUCGUCACGUCCAACUACGAGCAGAGCACGAUGACGGAGAAUCACACCAAGUCCACAACCACUGUCGCUCAUAAUUCGUCGAACUUUAGCAUUAUGUCGUGGACGACGUUGUCGCCGGUCAGCGGCGGUGGCAGCAACAAUGUAGUGCAUUACGAUCAGGGGCAGCCACAUCCGCACGACAAUACCGAGGCGAAGACUAUCUGCGAGAAUUACAGCUACGUUCCGUUGCACAAGGACAACUCGAGUUUCCCUAAUCAGGUGUUGAUCGGCGACAGCUAUCCGAAUAGCUCGGCCAUGUCGACCGGGAUCGACAAGUCGCGACAGGGGAAGAUCGAGUCGCAGAAGCAAUCCUUCGUCGACCCCUCGAAGACCAGGAAUGACCCGUCGAAGCAGAACCGGAUGCAGAGUCAGCCGACCGGCAACGACUACAAGUUCCCCGACGGUGGUAAGAGCAAGAACAAGUACGGCAUGGAUUCGGACUACAUGCAGAACGAAUACAGCGCUGCUAUGAAUCAGCAGCAACAGCAUUCCCAGCAGCACGGUCAGAAGAACCAUCAAAAUCUGCCGUCCAAGCAGGAGAAGGCGGUAUACGCGUACGAGCCACAGAUUAGCUUCGACCUACCGGAGAGCAACGUGCAGAUGAAGUAUUCGAUCGAGGCUUACACCGGCGUGAAUUUCAAGUACGCGGCGGAGAAGUCGCAGCAGCCGAGUCAGCACAAGUAUCAGAUUCUCACCCAAGGACAUAUUUCUUUGCACGACAGCAGCAGUUACAGCAGCGAUGGGAAGCACAGUCAGCAGCAGCAGCAGCCACCGCAGCAAUCGCAUAGUAGCAACAAUAACAACAGCAAGUCCAAGAGUAAUCAGCACCAGCAACACGCGAUCAAGGCUCCGGUCAACUGGAUGAUGACGCCGGAGGUCAAGCACAACGCCAACAUCACCGAUAUUAUUCUGCCGCCGAUCGGCAAGGAGCUAGACUUCUGCCAAAACAAUCUGUUCACGCAGACACCCACGUACAAUCAGGGCACGCCGAACCAGUUCUAUAACAAUUACGACGUGUCCGCUGCCCACAGCUUCCCAAAUCUACCGGUUCUGCAAAGUGAUCCGAAGAGGCCCGCGGAGACCUUCUAUUCCGAGGAGCAGCCGUUUCCGUGGUCUCCGACGAAGAAUAGCGUGCACAAUAGUGUUGAGCACGCGAUCGGCCAGUCGUCGGUCAAGUGUAUCGACCAACAUAUCGUGCCGUCGAGUUUGCAGAGUCUGGUAGGCGAUCUCGAUCUUGGCGCCAAUCUGGAGAAGCAGAACUUCUUGUUCGGCGCUGCAACCUCGUCGUCCAGGAUCUCCGCGGAGCAGAGCAAGGAUGCGGCCAUAAAGGAGAAAGAGACGAAUAACGUAUCGGGACGGGAUCUGCACGCGAUAUUGAACACCCAGAACACGCAACAUCCGGCUUCCACCUUUCUAUCCGUGAGUCAGCUGGUGGAGCAUGAGAAGGCCGAGAAAAGCCAUCAGCAGCAGAAUCAUCAGCAGCAUCAGCAUCACCAGCAUCACCAUCCGCAUCAGCAUCAGCAUUCGCAACAGCAGCAUCAGCAGCAGCAGCAACAGCAGCAGCAGCAGCAGCAGACUAGAAAACAUCAGAGGAAGAGCAACGCGAGUCCGAGAACGACCAGCAAGCGGCAAAUGGACAUUCGCAAGUCUACAACGACCAACGACAACAAUAAUCUGCAUCAGCGGCACGAGGAACAAAAAUCGUCCGGGCACGUGUUCACAGAACAGGGAUACCAGCAGUCCCAGCAGCAGCAGCAGCAACAGCAGCAACAGCAGAAAUACCAGCAGAACAAUGUGCACUGGAGAAGCAGAAACUGCAAAAGCAACUAUACCGCGGAGGCGCUGAUUGGCACCAGCAUUCAUGACACUGGCCAGGAUAAGCACGCGUCGAUCAAGUUCACGACCAAUUAUCCCCAGAACAAGUUCCAGAGCGGUUUGUCCGCGGACGCUGCGGUGAUGCCCAUCAACUACUUCUCUAGCGCGCCACCACCGGACGACGGCACCGCGGCCGGCUACGGUCAAACGGUGGUGAAUCAGAACUUCAACACGUACGCGUACUCGUCCAAUUCCGCCAACUCUAUCUAUCCUACCAGCAACUUCAUCAGCAGCAUCUCCAACACGCCCAACAGCUACAUGGCCAUGCCACUGCACGAUAACGCCGCCGAUUACGUGCAGGAGACCAACUUUCUGCUGCCGAACGUGGCCGGGACGAGCAGCUCGUCGAGCGCCAGCACCGCCAACACAUCCAGCGCGAACACGAUCUCCACUACGGCUGGGAACGCCAGCGGGAACGGGAAGAACCAUCAGCACUACGGGAAGCACCCGAACUGCGACAAACGUUCAUAUUCCACUGCCGCGAAGAAGGGCAAGCGGAAGGCCCUGGAGAACGGCCCCAUGCAGAACCUCGAGUUUUCUCUGACCGGCAUUAACUCCCCGCUGGAGGACUAUCAUCACCCGACGACGUUCCUGGGGCCGCCGCCACCGCCGCCGCCACCACCGCCGCCGCCACCGCCGCCGCCGCACGCCAAUCCUCUCUACCAGAAUCAUCCGCAAACGAAUGUCUACGCCAAGACUGUCAACGGUCUUCCACCGCCCCCACCGUCGGCCAUGGCGAGCGCACAGGGCGUCGCGACGGUGGGAGCCGGUUUCUCCAUGAACUCCAACAUGGUCCGCGGAGGAAUCGUCUCGGGCAAUCCGAUGGCCAUGCCGCAUCAUCCUUCGGGAACCAGUCUCACCAACUUCAACCUGAGCACGAUAUUUCCUGAGAUGAACGACAAGGUCACCGGAUACAAAUCCUCGAACGGUAUACCACCCGGCCUAUCGCAGACGUCGAAUCAGCCUGCGACCUACGCGCAACGAAGUAACUAUUCGUCGAACUCUCUGUGCCAUUUGCCGCAGGUUUCGGAAGGCACGCAAUUCAUUAAUAGCGUCCCACCGCUUCCCGUACCUCCUGCUCCUCCUCCUCCUAACGCCCCAUCCCUUUCACACGGAGUAAUCCAUUAUAAAAGCCUAUGACGAGGUUUCAUAGUUUGUGAUACGAUCGAUCGUCGCUUGUACAUAUGUAAAUACUGUGUAUUCUUCGUUAAAUUAAAAAACGUUGAUACAAAUGUGUACAUUUGA